CCAGACGUCGCCCCUGCGUUGUACUUGACUUUUGAAUGGUGGAGUCGUUUGUCAGUUACGUGGUGGUCUUUCCAACUUUCAUUGAGGAGGACAAAAGUGUAUGCAGAUGAGAACGCGCGUACAUCUGUUUCAGUGGGAAAGCGUGUGCGAGCCUCCUUUAAAAGUUAGAAAAAGUUGUCUCUGAAGCUUCACUAAAUAAUUGAGCCUAUAAAACGUUUUGGGUUUUGUUGUUGUUGUUGUUGAGGACAUUGAAGCGUGAGACGUGAAUUUGACAUUCGGUGUUAUUUUGGACGUCUGUCUUGUGCCCGGCGACUGGCGCCAGUUUACUUCUGACCUAAAGUUAUGACUUCCCCUGUCAACAGUGAGGAUUGUCAUGAGGAUUUAGCGAGGUACACUGGCGUUUUCCCGUGAAACAGGGAUGUCCUAGGGGCCAAUCAGAAGGAUGCCCGCUUAUCUGCUACUGGAGGACUGGACCUGAAACAUACUGAUGUUAAUAGACUUCAAAAUUGUCGCUUCAGCGUAAUUUGUAAAUCUGAGAAAGACAUGGCCUCCGAAGUAGUAUGCGGACUCAUCUUCAGAUUGCUUCUUCCAGUAUGUCUUGCAGCAGCAUGUCUGUUCCGGUACAACUUGCUGUCUUUUGUCUACCUCAUCUACCUCCUGCUCAUACCGCUAUUUGCAGAACCAACAAAGACAACAAUGCAAGGACACACAGGGCGCUUGCUAAAAUCUCUGUGCUUCACCAGUUUGACUUUCCUGCUGCUGCACAUCAUUUACCAGAUCACCCUCAACAGCCUUCUCGCAGGAGACAACAUAGAGCCCAAUUUCAGUUGUUCAUCAUGGGAGAAAUCGCUAAGACAGCUGGGGUUUGAAAGUGUGCGUGGGGCCGAUGCGGGUAAUGGCAUCCGGGUGUUCAUCCCAGACAUCGGCAUGUUCAUCGCAGGGCUGGUCAUGUGGCUCCUGUGUCGCAGUCUGGAGAAACCUGCAGCGAAGGACACCUCGCAGCACAAUGCUGACUUCAACCCCGACUGCCAGGAGCAGGAGGAUGAAGAGGAUGAUGAGGAUGAAGAGAAAAACAAGAAGCCAGAACUGGAACCUGACCUGCUCUUCGAGGAAGACUUGGGGCCUAACAACGAAAACUGUGAAUUAGCGGAUGAGGAAGAAGAAGUGGAGCAGGAAGAGACAGAGGUGCUGGAAGAGGAGGAAGAGGAAGAGAGCACCAGGAUGAAAAUGCUGCGACAGAUGGCAGAAGUGGCGUCCAAACUCAAAGAAAUCAUUGGCGAUCUGAUUACGAGUGCAGGAAAAGUAGUCGUAACCAUAUUACUGGGCCUUACAGGUAUAAUGCUACCCUCCCUCACCUCCACGGUGUACUUCUUCACCUUCCUGGGCCUGUGUACCUGGUGGUCAUUCUGCCGCGCGUUUGAUCUGCUACUCUUCAGCUGCCUGUGUGUGCUGAUGGCCAUCUUCAGCGCGGGACACCUAAUUAUGCUCUACCUCUACCAGUUCCAGUUCUUCCAGGAAGCCGUUCCCCCUGGAAACAGCUAUGCCAGCCUGUUUGGCAUCUCUCCAGUGGUGCUGAGCAACUGCUCUCACACUUGGAUGUUUGAAGUGAACCAUACGCUGGAGUGGUAUCAUUUUGUCAAUCCCAUCAUGCUACUGGUGAUGUACUACACCCUGGCCACACUGGUUCGUCUGUGGCUGCAGGAGCCAGACCACGCGCAGGUAAAGGAGAAAGUAGAGGAGCAGGAGCCCCACCUGAAGCUGGACGCUCCUCACACAGCACAGAAGAAGAGACAGAGAUGGCGCAUGGCACACUACUGCCCAGAUGAGAGAAACGUAUUGAUUGUGACAUCCAAUGGCGGCCCGGUGGAUAUGAUGUCUAUGUCCCGUGAGAACUGUCCUGCCUCUGCAGAGACAUACUCCACCCCUCGCCACACAGCAGGACAAGUUGACCCAGAGAGACUGGACUCCAGUGUGUAUGAGGUGGGCCUUGUGCAGGGUGAGCUCCACAGUAGCCCAGGUGUGUCUGAAAAGGCCAUUCGGGUUAAUGCAGUGGUCAAGACGUUCCGCUUCGUUAUGAAGCAGAGCUACAUCUGCGCCCUCAUCGCCAUGAUGGCCUGGAGUAUCACCUACGUGAGCUGGUUGACCUUUGUCUUCCUCAUUUGGUCCUGCACGCUGUGGAUGGUCCGGGACCGGAGGAAAUAUGCCAUGAUUACAUCUCCAUUCAUGGUGUUUUACGGGGACCUACUCAUUGUGCUGCAAUACAUCUGGAGCUUCGAGACCCUGCAGAAUGUGCCAGGCCUGUUCCCAACAAAGGGUGUGCCCUUCCGGGAGCUGGGCACUAAGAUUUUGUGUCUGCUGAGUUUCUGGCUACUAUUAAGACAAGCUCUCACAGAGAGAAGGGAGAAACAGAAAGAUGAAAACCAACUCUCUGAUAUCAGGGUAGAAGACUGCACACAGGAGAAUGAUAUGGACCCAGAGGCUGCAGGUCAGAGAGAGAUGAUGGAUGUGCUGGGCAGUACUGUUAUGGCCAUGCUACAUAAGUACUGGAUCUACAUCUGUGGAGGAAUGUUCUUCAUCGUCAGCUUCCAAGGACGCAUUGUCAUGUACAAAAUCAUCUACAUGAUGAUGUUCCUCUUCUGUGUAGCUCUCUAUCAGGUCCAUUAUGAGAGGUGGAGGUGGAUGCUGAAGUACUUCUGGAUGUCAGUGGUGAUGUAUACCAUGCUGGUGCUCAUCCUGAUUUACACCUUCCAGUUUGAGUCCUCAGUACAUGUCUGGUCCAAUAUGACUGGUUUGAGCAAGGAGAAGCUAGAAGAUCUGGGCUUGGAGAAGUUCACCGUUUCGGCUCUGUUCACGCGAAUCUUCAUCCCCACCUCUUUCCUACUUGUGUGUAUCUUGCACCUGCACUACUUCCAUGAGCGUUUCCUACAGCUCACUGACAUCAAGUCAGUGGCUGACAAGCAGAAAAGCACCAUCUCCAGGCUUGUGCAUCUUGAUGGUAGUCUGGCAGACAUCUCCAUGAUAAAGCCAGAGAUGAAUUCCUCUGUGAAAGAGGAAGACUUGGGAGAGAAGGUGGAUCUAGAGGAGGAUGAGAAUUAUGUGAAAUGUAAAGAAGAAGAAAAUGAAGAAGUCUGUGACCUGUACUGCAAGGUGACAAGCUUCACGUGCCAUAUAACACCAGAACCUGAGCCUGCUCACGGAGAUGACCUGAGGAAUAAGUGGCACCUGGUGGUGGACCGCCUGACUGUUCUCUUCCUGAAGUUCCUGCAGUAUAUCCAUCAGCUGCAGCUCUUCAUCUGGUGGCUUCUGGAGCUUCACGUCAUUAAGAUCGUCUCCUCGUACAUCAUCUGGGUCUCUGUCAAAGAGGUGUCUCUGUUGAACUACGUGUUCCUGGUGAGCUGGGCUUUUGCUCUACCAUUCAGCCAGUUCCGACCACUGGCCUCCAGCGUCUGCACCGUCUGGACUUGCGUCAUCAUCGUCUGCAAGAUGCUCUACCAGCUCACCUCCAUCCAGCCUGUGGCCUACUCCAAAAAUUGCUCGAUGCCUGAUAACUAUACAGAGGUUCAGAGGAUAGAGAUGGCUAGAUCUCUCCUGUACAGCAACCCAGUAGACCCUGCCAACUGGGUCGGCCUCAAGAAGUUCUCUCCAUUACUAGAGAAUCUGAGGAAUAACUUGCUGAUGCUGGCUCUGCUAGCAUUUGAGGUCACCAUCUACCGUCACCAAGAUUUCUACCGCAUGAGGAACAAUCUGAGUGCUCCUCUCACCAGAACAAUCUUCCACAACAUCACACGGCAACACCUGGAUGAUGGCAUCAUCAACUGUGCCAAGUACUUCAUGAACUACUUCUUCUACAAGUUUGGCCUAGAGACCUGUUUCUUGUUGGCGGUGAAUGUGAUUGGCCAGCGGAUGGACUUCUGCGCCAUGUUGCAUGCAUUCGGCCUGAUUGCAGUGCUGUACCAGCGCAGGCGCAGGGCCAUCGCCUGCGUCUGGCCCAGAUACUGCCUCUUCUUGGCCUGCAUGCUCACCUUCCAGUACCUGAUGUGUAUUGGCAUGCCGCCGGCAGCUUGCUCAGACUACCCAUGGAGACGUCCCUCGUCCAGCAUGGACUCCAACGUGGUCAAGUGGCUCUACCUGCCUGACUUCCACACCAGACCCAACCCUCUCUUCCUCCUUUAUGACUUCAUGCUGCUUCUGUGUGCAUCACUCCAGAGGCGUGUGUUUGAGGAGGAGAAUGACCCUGCAGUGCGUCUGCUUGCUGGUGAUAAUGUCGAGAUCUGUGGAGACCCGGACGCUGCCACCUUCAAUCAGCAUAAUCCCGUCCCCGAUUUCAUCCACUGCAGGUCAUAUCUAGAUAUGCUGAAGGUCAUCAUGUUCAGCUAUCUUUUUUGGUUCGUCCUCACCAUCAUCUUCAUCACGGGAACCACACGUAUCAGUGUCUUUUGCAUGGGCUACCUGGUGGCCUGUUUCUACUUCCUACUUUUUGGUGGAGAGCUGCUGCUCAAGCCAAUCAAAAGUAUCCUGCGCUACUGGGACUUCCUAAUUGCCUACAAUGUGUUCGUCAUCACCAUGAAGAAUAUCCUCUCAAUAGCUGCCUGUGGUUAUAUUAAAUCCUUGGUGGCUAGUCACUGCUGGUUGAUUCAGUUGUUCAGUCUGGCAUGCACUAUAAAGGGCUACUCUCGACCGGAGCAGCAGGCCAAUAAGCAGUGUGAGCUGCCCAGUGACGAGGCAGGCAUUAUCUGGGACAGCAUCUGCUUCGCAUCCUUGCUCCUCCAAAGACGCGUCUUUAUGAGCUAUUACUUCCUGCAUGUAGUGGCUGAUAUCCGCUCUUCCCAGGUCCUGGCAUCCAGAGGAGCAGAGCUGUUCCAGGCCACCGUCGUGAAGGCAGUGAAAGCAAGAAUUGAAGAAGAGAAAAAAUCGAUGGACUUACUGAAGAGACAGAUGGACCGCAUUAAGAGCCGACAACAGAAAUUUAAGAGGGGAAAGGAGAGGAUGUUGAGCUUGGCUCAGGAGAGUGAGGAGGGUCAUUCAGUGAUCAACGAAGAAGAGGAGGAUGAAGGACAUUCAAGUAAAGAGAUGAGCAAAGGCAAGAAAAAGCAGUGGUGGAGACCCUGGGUUGACCAUGCUUCCAUGGUGAGAAGUGGGAACUAUUACUUGUUCGAGACUGACAGUGAGGAGGAAGAGGAAGAAGAAGAGAAAAAAGAGGAUGAACCACCUAAGAAAUCUGCCUUUCAAUUUGUGUACCAUGCUUGGAUAACUGACUCGAAAACAGCCUUGAAGGAGCGCAGCAAGGAAAGGCGACGAUUCUGGCAGAGGUAUACAGAUGGACGCAAAACCAAACAUGACCAGCAGGAAGCAGCUCAGGUAACCACUGAGGUCGAACAACAGGAGGAAGAUGUGUUUGAAGAUGAGAGAUCUGAAGGACCAGACAACAUCCUGAGGCGUGUGUUUAACAUUGUAAAGUUCUCUUGGGUGCUGUUUCUGGCUUUGCUGGACAGUUUCACCACUUGGCUCAACUCCAUGUGCCAGGAGCACAUCGAUAUCUCUACUGUACUGCGCAUUGAGCGCUGCAUGCUCACCCACGAGGUCAAAAAGGGGAACACGCCUUCACGGGAGAGCAUUCACGUGUACUACCAGAGGCAGCUGUGCAGGUCUGCUUCCUCCGAGGCUGUGCUGCCGGCUGCAGAGGGUCUGCAGGCUCACGACAGUUCUACCCCCACGCUGCCCCAGCUGGACCAGGGCCAGAGCAUACAGACUAUGGAUUCUGCCUCCCCUCGCGCCUGCCCGGCUGGGUACAGCACAACACAUGUGUACACCGAGUCCACAGCACUCUUCAGCCAGUCUACACUGGAGCUGGGUGAGAUAUCCCCUCACCCCGUGCUCAGAACCAGCGAGCGAGCGCGUCCGAAACUACACCGCCUGCCAGGAUUGCAAGUGUCUUCAUCUGGAGAGAGCACAAGCAGCCCUACCUUCAGUGAAAACACACAGUGCACGGCGCUGUGCUCUCGGCAGGGCACGGGUGACACAAUCGAGGAGCCGGAGGACGCUCAAGAGAGACCCCCAUCUCCGAGUGGCAUGUGGCCCCCUGCCACGGGGCUCCCUGAGUCUUCUGACAAGUGCUGCUGCAGCAGCGAGGGUCAGAACACUGAGGGGGCCUCAGCCUCAGGCUGGGACACCACUUUAGUGGACGAGCCGUCCACGUGGCCCCAUUUCAGCAGGUGUCCCUCUGAAGUGGAUAUCCCCCCCUCCUACAGCAAGGCCACUGGUCUUGACUCAAUAUGUGAGUCCGUGGCUCACCCAGAGGAGAAGAGGAACAGGAUAACCACUCCUGAUGUCAAAGACACCUGCCACAGAGACACCACCGUUCCCUCACUGAGCCAUGAGCUCACAGCCAGUGAUCUUCUGCGCAGCAGGAUGUUCUAUGAUGAGGAGCUGGAGGAGUCGGGGCGCUUCUACAGCUCUCAGCCCCAGAUCCUGCAGCUGUGCUAUGCUCUCUACAACAUGCUGGUGGCCCACUCAGAGAUGGUCUGCUACUUGGUCAUCAUUCUCAACCACAUGAUCUCGGCCUCAGUGGCCACGCUGGUGCUGCCCGUCCUCGUUUUCCUGUGGGCCAUGCUGUCUGUUCCCCGGCCCAGCAAACGUUUCUGGAUGACUGCCAUCGUCUACACUGAGGUGACAAUAGUGAUAAAAUACUUCUUCCAGUUCGGCUUCUUCCCCUUCAAUCAGAACAUAGAGCGGGAGAAGAGCAAACCCUUCCACCCUCCCAACAUCAUUGGCGUGGAGAAGAAGGAGGGCUACGUCCAUUAUGACCUGGUUCAGCUGCUCGCACUCUUCUUCCAUCGCUCCAUUCUUAAGUGUCAUGGACUGUGGGAUGAAGAUAAGUCCCAACCUGCAGCAGUGAGCCAUGCCGACUCAGAUGAUGAGGAGACACCCGGAGCACUCAGAGAGAGGAGCCUCCUGUCCCGCAAAGCUUCAGUGGAGUCCACACACAUCCGUGUGGCCAGAAGACACUCUCGCACACACACACUUGUGAGACGGAACAGUUCAAACACAGGCUCACACACUUCCAAUCGUUCGGCCUGCUCCAGAGGAGGAAGCGUUGGCAAUCGGUCGAGUAUGUGUCGCUCAGGCAGUGUGUUGGCUGUUCAGCAGAAGAGUCGUAAAGAGCUCAUUCUGGAGAAGCUACGGGAGCAAGUCAUCAAAGCAAAGAAACUUACUGUCAAAAUAGCUCUAGACAUCUAUGUUCCAAUUCGCCAGUUCUUCUACAGUCUCAUCCACCCAGAGUACAGUGCUGUAACAGAUGUGUAUGUGCUCAUGUUCCUGGCUGAUACUGUUGACUUCAUCAUCAUUGUUUUUGGAUUCUGGGCCUUUGGGAAACACUCUGCUGCUGCAGACAUCACAUCCUCUCUGUCAGAGGAUCAGGUUCCAGAGGCAUUCUUGGUCAUGGUUCUGAUCCAGUUUGGUACUAUGGUAGUGGACCGUGCACUCUACCUAAGGAAGACCGUUACAGGGAAAGUCAUCUUCCAGGUCAUCCUGGUGUUUGGCAUCCACUUUUGGAUGUUCUUCAUACUUCCAGGAGUCACUGAGAGGCGUUUCAGUCAGAACAUGGUGGCCCAGCUCUGGUACUUUGUGAAGUGCAUCUACUUUGGCCUGUCAGCAUACCAGAUCCGCUGUGGCUACCCUACCCGCGUGCUUGGCAAUUUCCUGACGAAAAGCUACAAUUAUGUCAACCUUUUCCUCUUUCAAGGGUUCCGGUUGGUUCCGUUCCUGACAGAGUUGCGGGCUGUGAUGGACUGGGUGUGGACAGACACCACACUCAGUCUGUCCAGCUGGAUCUGUGUGGAAGAUAUCUAUGCUCAUAUCUUUGUGCUCAAGUGCUGGAGGGAGUCAGAAAAAAGGUAUCCUCAGCCACGCGGACAGAAGAAGAAAAAGGUGGUGAAGUAUGGGAUGGGGGGCAUGAUUGUGAUGCUGCUCAUCUGCAUCGUCUGGUUCCCCCUGCUCUUCAUGUCUCUGGUCAAAUCAGUGGCCGGAGUUGUCAACAAACCCCUGGAUGUGUCCGUCACCAUCACACUGGGAGGAUUUCAGCCGAUUUUCACUAUGAGUGCUCAACAGAAUCAGCUAAAGGACUUCACUGAAGCAAAAUUCCUGGAGUUCAUGAAUUCCUACAGAUACAUUCCAGGGGCGAUGCAGUUCCUGGAAGCAUACACUGCUGAGGACGUGACCAUAGCCGAGCUGGAGGGAAGUUCCAACUCCCUGUGGACCAUCAGCCCACCCAGCAGGAAGAACCUGAUAGACGUACUGAGCAAAGAGGACCAGUUUCCUGUCACCAUGUCCUGGACUAUUCAGAGGAAUCUCAGUCUUGGCGCAAAGGCUGAAGUUGCUAUGGACAAGCACAUUACAUACCUGGAUGUGAAUACAAGACAAGAGUUAAUAGAUUUGUUAAAUGGAACAAGGAACAAGGCUUUAGUCAUAAAGCAAGUCUUCCCUUGUUUCAUUCGAGCACCCAGCGAUUCAAAUGCUAAACCUAUAGAUCAGCUUUAUGAAGAAGGCCACUACGAGGACAUCCUGUUGGACCUGGAACGGACCGAUAACAGCAGUGGCCAGAUCCAGGAGUGGUGGAUUGUUGACCAGCCAUCUGUAGGGACGCUCCAAACGAGACAUGAGCAGAAUGCAGAGCAGAAGAGGGAAGCUGGACUGCAGCUCUAUGUUUUCAGUGAUAAAGUUAGUCCUCCCAGCCUGGGCUUCCUUGCUGGCUACGGUAUAAUGGGUCUAUAUGCCUCCGUGGUGUUGGUAAUAGGCAAGUUCGUGCGUGAGUUUUUCAGCGGCAUCUCACACUCUAUCAUGUUUGAGGAGCUGCCCUGCGUAGACCGCAUCCUCAAGCUCUGUAAUGACAUCUUCCUCGUCCGAGAGACUGGCGAAUUGGAGCUGGAGGAAGACCUGUACGCCAAGCUCAUCUUCCUCUACCGUUCACCCGAGACCAUGAUUAAGUGGACCAGGGAGAAAACUAAAUGAACCUAUGCAGAGUCUAUGCAGACAACACACACCAAGGUGAAAGAGAAACAGUGCCCUCUGGAGGGUGCCGUGCAGAAGAGCUUGUCCACGUGAUCCAUGUACACACGCAAGCUUGUGAAUUAGAAACAGCUUUCCUAGAUAGGGUCCCACUGUCAACAGUGUAACCUGGGGAGGUAGCUGUUCUACAGUACAUGUACAUUACGUACUAACCUGAACCUGAAAAGCCUUUGGACUGGGGUAAUGUAGCAGCUGCCACAGACUUGAGAGAGAGGCUGAAAAGUGGACUCAGCUGUACUUUGACACCGCCUACCUGCUAGGAGCCUUGCAGAUGGAAAUGAACCGAUCCAUGGGUUGUGCAAUAUACUGUCCUGGUAGCUGGCUGUAAACACAAAGGAAGAACGAGGACAGCAACUGAAAGACACUAGCCACUUUUAAUUCAUAAGAAAAGAUUCUCCAUACUCUGGAAGUACUUUAAAAUGAACUACAAGACAUUCCACACUGAACCACGAUCUGCCUUUGCCAGCAUUUUAGACUGUGCAGAGAACAACACAAGGGAUCCAAACAAUGGUGUUCUCAGGAAAAAAAAAAAAAAAAAGAAAAAAAAAAGUGUCAUCUCGCCUGAACAGUAUUUUAAGUUUGUUCUUCCCCACAGGCAAGAGAUCAGCCACAGCACGGAGAAUCGUGUUCUUUCUACUGUUACAGGAUGCUCUAUGCAGAGUGGGACAUAAUUGUAUUUCAGUAACCCAAGCAUAAAGCACAGUUUGUAAACCUGCAGCCUGUGUCUUAUCUGUGAAUUUACUAAUGAUGCCUAUCCAUCCAAAGCUACUAUUAUUAGUUAUUUCAUAGAAUUUGGGGAAAAGAGAAAUUGCCAGAAAUGAAAACAUUCAGUCAACCACAGGAAACUCAGCUUUAUGUUGUAUCUCAGACUUUUACUGGGUUUACACUUUUGUUGCGGUACACUGUUCAUCAAAAUAUUGAUUUCCAUGCAACACAAGAACUUUGAUAAAGAGUGUACAGAUUUUUCAUUAUGGAACAUUGGUACACACAUCAUCUCAGCACAAUUCAGAGGAGGGAAAAAGCAUGAAAGAUUUCUAUGUACAAAAUCUGCAUAUCACACAAUACCAUUCUCUUCCCUAAUCUACUCAUAGAGGCAUUGUUCCCUGAAAUGUAAAUGUGUACUUUUCCUAAAUAAAUAACGCUACAAACAUUA